AUGGAUGCUCAUGAUGGCAAUGUCUUUCUGCAUGACGGUCUCUACUAUUAUUAUGGUGCAAGUUAUGGCCUAUGCAAAGAACCGUCGGGUCCAUCAGGUUGUACUGUAUGGCACACAGGCGGAUGCGGUUUCCAACUCAAUCAUAAUGUUAGUCUUUAUACUUCGACGGAUCUCUCCGAAUGGACAUUUCGUGGAUAUGUCUUUCAAAUGUCUUCAAUGAAGACUCAAGGAAUAAUGUUUGGCCCUCGCGUUUUACCAAACCCAAUGACGAAGAAAUGGGUUAUGUGGUUUAACUUUCUGCCAGCUACAGGUACAGGUGUCUCUCAGUCGCAGUGUGCUGUUUCUAUAUCGGAUACACCACAAGGUCCCUUUCAACUGGUUACUGACAAGGUUACUACUCUAGCAUGGGAAAAUACGGGAGAUCUGAAUCUCUUUCAAGAUGAUAACGGAGAUGCGUACAUCAUUUAUAAUUCGCAUAUUGAUGCAAGUAUUUACAAACCAGAUCAUUUAAUGUCUGUGGAGAAACUGUCUGAUGACUAUCUCAGUUCAUUAGGUAGAACAUUUAAUAGUGGAUAUUUUGGUGAGACCUUUGUCGAAGGUGGUGCAAUGUUCAAACGCAAUGGAACCUACUA